UUAGCCAGCCAAGUUAGUCUCGGCGUCUGAGAGCAGACAAGAGGCCGGUCUGGAUUAAGUUAGGACAAGACCCGCAUUUGCUUAGCUUUUCUCGGCAGUUAGUGACUUAUUUGCUUGUAUUCCGCCGCUUGGACCGCUCAGAGACUAACGCUGUGGUAAUGAGUUUGACGUCGUUAGCUUGCUAGCUAAAUUAGCCUUCUUGUAUUAGAUUGUUUACCUACAUAAAAGCCGUUGACCGCCCAGGUGCGAUCCAGACGGACGUGUCCGGUGUUUCUGUUGGCACCACGGCGGUGGCAGCAGUCCUACUCCAUGAUGGAUGAGGCCAGAGGUGGAGCUCUGCCACCAGGCCUGACCGAGGAGGAGGCUCUGGAGCUGCAGCUGGAGCUUACAAAGGUGGAUGAUGAAAUUCAGACGCUGAAGCAGGUUUUGACCGCGAAAGAGAGGCAUGCUGGGGAACUGAGGAGGAGACUGGGCAUAAGCCCUCUUUCAGAGAUAAAAAACAACAUCACCAAAGGCUGGCAUGAAGUCCAGUCCUCCAAUGCUUAUAUGAGAACCUCACAGACUCUUGGGGACUUGAAUCAUAGAGUUACGUCAUCUAACUUGUAUCUUACAGCUUCUGCCACUCUGGAGGACAUUAGCCGUUCUGACGCGUAUAAGAAGACUCAGGAGACUUUCUCCCAGGCUGGUCAGCUGACUUCAUCAGCUUUGUCCACAAUGGGCUCGGCUAUCAGAAACCGAUUUGGAGAAAUGAGGGCUUUGACUUACAAUAACUCACCUGGUAACAACUACUCCAUGCGCCACUCCUUAAGUAUGCCUGCUAUAAGGAACUCUGCAACCUUCAGAUCCUUUGAGGAUAAAAUGUCCAAGGUAGUCGGAAGUGGAGCAAACGGUGAUGAUGAACGCCCCCCGCCUGGCAACAACUCGGCCUUCUGAGCGGAAAACACAAAUGCAUCACCAGGACUGACCGCUGUGACCCAUACAACCCUGUGACCUUCACUGCACUCCACUGAGAGAUGAGCGAUGCCCCCAAAUGAACAAAUAAGGACUGUAAUGAGGUCCCAGAACGCUGUACUACUGCUACUUGUUUAGAAGACAAAGCCUUGAAAAGCCUUGUGUGUAUGUAUUAAACUCGCCCCAACCUCUCAACUGGACUGUGGCAAUGCAUAAGGGGGUGCAGCUUUUUUGGAACAAAUGUUUUGUCGAUGGUUCAGAGAAAACGUUCUGUGCACUAAUUUGUAUUUUGAAUGUGGAAAAAGGUUUUCGGAAUCAGCUCGGCUGUGAUGUUACCAGUGAAUGUAGUCAUUUGAUGCAAUUCACUCAUGUCUAGGAGCAGCAUGACCGUUCGGAGCAUCGUAAGCGCUCCUGUACACGCUGUAGAAAACAAACUAAAGCUUCCUUGGCAGUAUAAGGCGCUGUGUUGCAUAUGAUUGUUACAUUCUUAUUAUAUUGCUUAUUAAAUGCUUAUUACUCAGGGCAAAAGGUGCUACUUACUCCUUACAGUACAAUGUGACUAACCUAACGCAAAUUUUAUAGCCGUUUUCACUGCUUGGCGGUAUACAAGGUAAACCCCUCCUGAUUGAAAUUGGAUUUAUUUUGCUUAUUCGGAAACCACACUUCACUUAGCCUUAGCCCUCCUUACACUGACCGGCCACACGUUUUUAAUCUGUUACUCUAAGAAUAAAUACUAUGUUUAUAUAUGCAUCUUGUGGUACACUGAAGGAUUCUGUUAAUCGUGUAUAUAUUUUUGGUAUUUGGUUGAUAUAUUUUGUUUUUGUUUUUGUUUAUUCUGGUGAGACCGGUAAAAACAUACAGAAUUUUAGUUUUCAACUUUAAUACAAGGGCUUAGUUCACGAAGUUGACAUUGAGCUGCGAGUUGAAAAGGUUAAUAGUGGGCAGACAGCGAGUUGGUCUAAUGUGAUAAGGGAUGCUGAACUCGUACACUCGUUUGUGGUGUGGAAAGUUGAACUAAUAUAUAAAUCUUUUCCAAUAUUAGCUGCUUGUAUGAGAAUAAUGAUUAAACCUAAGAUUGUAGCCUUUCAUGAACCUGACCGCUGUGUCUGUGCUUGAGGCUCUGAAGCUGUACCAUAUUGAGGUUUUAGGGUGUUACUGAAAUGCGUAAAUAAAGGUAGAGGUGAAAUGUU